AUGCCUCUACCAACGUUAGGCAGUGUCCUUCUGGGGCUGGCCUUUUUGUAUUUUGUAAAGUUAGUGCUACUUCGAAAGAAGACGCUUGCACCACUUCCUCCAGGCCCGAAGCCGAAGCCGAUAAUUGGAAACCUGCGGGAUCUGCCGCGACCUGGACAGCAGGAGUGGACUCACUGGUUGAAGUUCAAGGAGCUCUACGGCCCAAUCAGUUCUGUGUCAAUGUUUGGCCAAACCAUCGUCAUCCUUAAUGACCACCAGGCGGCAUUUGACCUCAUGGAAAAGCGCUCCGCUAUAUACUCAUCUCGACCUAGAUUGGUCUUUGCCGCGGAAAUAGUGGGUUGGGAAGAUGUCAUAACCCUGCAGGGAUACACCAAUCGAUUCCGCUCUUAUCGUAAAGCGAUGCAUCGCGUUCUGGGUACUAAGGAGCUAAUGUCGCGCUUCAACCCACUGCAGGACGUUGAAGUGCGGCGAUUCCUCCUGCGGAUUUUGCAGAAGCCAGAUGAAUUGAUUCAGCAUAUUAAAACGGAGGUAGGGGCUGUGAUUCUAAAGAUUGCAUAUGGCUAUAAUAUUGAGCCUCAUGGCCGCGAUCCCCUCAUUGACUUGGUAAACGACUCAAUGGAGAACUUCUCAGCUGUGGUGAAACCCGGGACCUGGCUGGUAGACGUCAUUCCCCUUUUGAAAUACCUUCCAACCUGGUUCCCAGGUGCCGGAUUCAAGCGGACAGGCUACGAGUGGAGAAAGACAUUGCUCGCAACCAUUGAGAAGCCAUAUCAACUUGUGAAGCAGCAUAUGCGUCAAGGGUCGUACCCGCCCUCGUACCUGGCCCGUCUCCUUGAACAAAUCGAUGGAGAACCAACUGCUGAAGAAGAGCUUGUGAGUAAAUGGACGGCCGGAGCACUUUAUGCAGGAGGAGCAGAUACUGUAACACCAACUGCAUCGUCGUUAUCGAGUUUCUUCCUGGCAAUGGCAUUAUACCCCGAAGUCCAGCGCAAAGCCCAAAAGGAGAUCGAUCGUGUCGUCGGCCCGAACAAGCUUCCUACAUUUGAAGAUCGUGACACCCUCCCAUAUAUUGAUGCCAUGGUCAAGGAAACCCUUAGAUGGCACCCAGUUGGCCCGAUGGGCGUUGCGCACUUGGUCACCGAGGAUGAUAUUUACGAAGGCUAUCUCAUUCCCAAGGGCGCAUUAAUCCUGCCAAACAUCUGGGGCUUCACCCAUGACCCCAAGAUCUAUCGCGAUCCUGAGACAUUCAGACCUGAGCGUUUCCUGGGCGACAAUCCCGAGCUUGAUCCGCAUACUCUUGCGUUCGGCUUUGGCAGACGUAUCUGCCCUGGCCGACUACUAGCCGACGCAACCAUCUUCCUGACCAUCGCGCAGUCCCUGACAGUGUUUAAUUUCUCCAAGCCCGAGGGGGAAGGCGAUCUAAAGGCUGAGUUUCUCCCGGGCGUUAUCAGCCACCCGGCGCCAUAUCGUCUCGAAAUCACACCGCGGAGCGCUGCCCACGAAGCAUUGAUCCGUUCAGUGGAAGUGGAGCACCCGUGGGAAGAGAGCCACGCGAAAGAGCUCGAGAAGGUGGAGUGUUAA